UCCUGGAGGCGAGGGACUUGAAAACUUCUGGAGAGUCCUCCUUCAUGGAGAAAACUGUGCAGUUCAGAUACCAAAUGACAGGUUUAAUCUCUCUCAAUGGUAUGAUCCAAAUGAGAGUAAAGCAGGAAAGACCUACACCGCAAAGGCAGCACUUAUUAAUGGACUGAAUGAGUUUGACAACAAGUUCUUCGGCAUUACUGAUGCUGAAACGAACAAUAUGGACCCUCAGCACAAACUGUUGCUGCAGUGCACCUACAGGGCCCUUGAGGAUGCUGGGAUACCAAUGGAGAAGGCCAGUGGAAUGAGAACAGGAGUAUUUUUGGGCCUAAUGAACAGGGACUUUGAGCUGGCAAGUAUAAGGAUCAAUCCAAAACACAUCGACCACACCGUCGGCACUGGUGUCGCUAUGAGCAUAGCUGCCAACCGCAUCUCUUACAUAUUCAACUUCACUGGCCCCUCAUUGUCCAUUGACUGUGCCUGCUCCUCAUCCCUUGUUGCCCUGCACAUCGCUUGUCAAGCCAUAAAACAAGGAGACUGUGAAAUGGCCGUGUGUGGGGGUGUGAGCUGUAUUUUGGAGCCAGUUAUAUUUGUGUCUCUCUCCAAGGCAAAAAUGAUCUCCUCUGAUGGCACCAGUAAACCUUUCAGCAGCAAAGCAGAUGGAUAUGGGAGAGGUGAAGGCUGUGGGAUUAUUCUUCUGAAGCCUUUGAAAAAAGCACUCGAGGACCAUGAUCACAUUUGGGGCAUCAUUUGCAAAACUGCAGUAAAUCAGGAUGGCCACAGUGUUAGUCCAAUAACCAAACCAUCCAUGGUACAACAGGAGGAGCUGCUUAAAAAAAUCUACUCAACAGAGACUGAUCUGACUAGUGUCCAGUACAUAGAAGCUCAUGGGACUGGGACUCCAGUUGGAGAUCCAGUAGAGGCAGGUAGCAUCUCAAAGUCAUUGCCAAAGCAAGACCUAAAAAGUCAGGGCCACUCAUCAUUGGUUCUGUUAAGAGCAAUAUUGGACACACAGAAUCUGCCGCAGGUGUUGCAGGGCUCAUAAAGGUUCUCUUGAUGAUGGAGCACAAAACUAUUGUGCCGUCAUUGUUCUACUCCAUGGAAAACUCCAGCAUAGACAUCGAAUCUCUCAAUAUGAAAAUCCCCACCACGGCAGAAAAAUGGGUCAGAGACGGCAGAUCAGGGAGGUUUGCAGGAAUCAAUAACUUUGGUUUUGGUGGAACAAAUGCACAUGCAGUUGUCAGACAAUAUGUGCAG